CCUCCACCCCCAGGUCAGGUGGCCGCCCUGAGUCAGCUGGCGGCGCGCGCACCGCGUGACCCGCGGCCACGUGACCCGCGCGGGCCCAGCCGCCAGUGCUGUAACCUCUUCCCAGCCGCGGGAAGCGUUUGUGACGAGAUGAAGCUCAUUAUCCUGGAACACUAUUCACAGGCCAGUGAGUGGGCGGCCAAGUACAUUAGGAACCGCAUCAUCCAGUUUAAUCCAGGGCCUGACAAGUACUUCACCUUGGGGCUCCCCACCGGGAGCACACCACUUGGCUGCUACCAGAAGCUGAUUGAAUACUAUAAGAAUGGUGAUCUUUCCUUUAAAUAUGUGAAAACCUUCAACAUGGACGAGUAUGUGGGUCUUCCUCGAGAGCACCCAGAGAGCUAUCACUCCUUCAUGUGGAAUAAUUUCUUCAAGCACAUUGACAUCCACCCUGAAAACACCCACAUUCUGGAUGGGAAUGCGGCUGACCUGCAGGCUGAGUGUGACGCCUUUGAGGACAAGAUCCAGGCUGCAGGUGGGAUCGAACUCUUUGUUGGAGGCAUCGGCCCCGAUGGACACAUUGCUUUCAAUGAGCCAGGCUCCAGUCUGGUGUCCAGGACCCGUGUGAAGACGCUGGCCAUGGACACCAUCCUGGCCAAUGCUAGAUUCUUUGACGGUGAUCUUGCCAAGGUGCCCACCAUGGCCCUGACAGUGGGUGUAGGCACUGUGAUGAAUGCUAGAGAGGUGAUGAUCCUCAUCACCGGUGCUCACAAGGCCUUUGCUCUGUACAAGGCCAUUGAGGAGGGCGUGAACCAUAUGUGGACCGUGUCUGCCUUCCAGCAGCAUCCCCGAACCGUGUUUGUGUGUGAUGAGGAUGCCACCUUGGAGCUGAAAGUGAAGACGGUUAAGUAUUUCAAAGGUUUAAUGCUUGUUCAUAACAAGUUGGUGGACCCCCUGUACAGUAUCAAGGAGAAGGAAAUUCAGAAAAGCCAGGCUGCUAAGAAGCCAUACAGCGACUAGCUUGUGCCAAGUCACUGAGUACGUCUGAGGGAGACAAGCAGGUCUUUCUGGAAAUUGUAAGAGAGUAGAAUUAAUUUGUUUCAGUCUGUAUGGUUGCUGCAGAUCCUUGGCUAGGCCCAUCCUGGCUGGGAGUUUAGCUAUGGGGAACAUUGUAGCCUAAGUUUCUCUGGUCCCGCCUGGCCCCACAGUCCUGCAGCCACUUAUAAAAUAAUAGUUCAGAGGCUUAAUAUUAUUUGCGAAUUAUAUGGCCUACAGGUCAGGCUUCUUGCUAGCUAGCUCUUAUAACUUAAUUCAACCCAUUUCUAUUAAUCUUUACGUGGCCAUGGAGUUACCUGUCUGCUGGCAUCUUGUUCCUACUUCAUUGGCAUGCUGGCAUCUCCUAGACUCCACCCUUCUUCUCUCGGCUUCAGUUUGAAUGUACUAUCUAACCUUAUCCUGCCCUGCCUCACCUUAUCCUGCUCUGCCUCUGGGCCUAGAGUCUCCCAGUCACUUUUCCCUGUGUCCUGUAGAAUGUCCAGCAGUCUCUGUGAAGCAGAAACCUGAAGGACCAUUUCACCUUGUUUUGGCAAAAUUCAGUGAUCAUUUUCCUAUGGGCCCUGUAUGUCCAGUUUAUACAACAUAUUAUCAAGCAGUCCAGGCAGGAGCAGUUUCUUGGCCAUAAAGAAAGCAAACUCCAUGUGGAGUUUCUUCAGUGCCCAUCAUCCUCUUUGAAGUAAUUGGUGCUGUCAGGAGCAGACAUGUCUCAUUGUCCAGAGAAGUCUAAGUUUUUAAAACGUAUAACUUUCACCCUUCUUUUGCAGUACUGGGGUUUGAACCCAGGGCUUUGCACAUGCCAGACAAGUGCUCUACUAACCGGGCUAUGUCCCCAAGCUUCUGCCCCUUUUAUGAUUUUUUUGUAACAAUAGAGAUCUCCAUCGUUGGCUGUCAUUAUACCCAAGUGAGGACUCUGAGCUUUCCUUCAGGCCCUACACACACGGCCAACACACUCCAUCAAGAAGUCCUGUCUGUGUGUGCACUUGCUCUUGAGUGGGCAGGGCUUUAUUAGGGCGUGUGCACUUUGGACACGACCCUUCUGGAGUCCUGAGACCCCCUCUUCUGCAGGCCAGCCCAUUGAGAAUCUUUGUUCGAAAGAACACAACUUCCAGAAUUAAGCACAAGGAAGCACCCCUUCCUGUAGGAACCAAGUUCCUCAGGGAGAAGCCCUUGCUCCCCUUCCCUGGACCUUUUUUCCUGCCAUCAACAGGUAGCUUUCUGUAAACAGACUUUCUGGGUAGGUUUGGGCAUGGAGGGCGCUAAAGUGGCUUUCACGGAUAAACUCAAAGCUUCCAAAGUCCAGCCAUGUCUUGUUCUCUCUCAAGAUUCCAACAGGAGAAAGGUGAAAGCCCUUUCCCCACCAGAGCUGUGUUUUUCUCAAAAGAUUCUUACACACUCCCUAGUAAGGAGGUCCACUUGGGUAGUAAACACGGUCGUGAUCUCAGUGUUAUUUACCCAAGAUGGAGAGCUGGCACCUGCACAUACGUGUCCUGUGCUCUCCUGCUUCCUCAGAGCUGAGUAACAAGAUUAUACACACGCUAGUACUGUCUCCUCUAAAUCACCCUGUCAUUCCCACCUCUCAGGUUUUCGAGGUAUCCCCGAUGGUCUCAGAGCAUCAGAGAUACAACCCUUCGCCCACUUGACCUUCAAGCCCCCUUCCCAGGCUUCUCUGCUCAGCCUGUGUUUAUAUUCUCCAGCCUCUGUGGAGUUGCCGCUGCCUCCUCCUCUGUCUUUGUGCCUGUCUGAAGCAACGGUUGCCUGUUCCCAGAAGAGGUUUUUGAGAUCCUGGCCCAGGCCCCUCUAGGAGUACUGUGUUUAGUACCAGCAUUUUGUUUAGUUCUUAUACGUGAUUGUGCUGUUAUUCUUUGUUAAGCUAAUGGAUCAAUAGAUUUGUUUACAAUGUGAUAUUUUCUAUUAAAUCUAAUAUUUUCAAAUAAAUUAUGUCAUUUGUGAA